AUGAAGGGCAACUUCUCCCUUGCCACCAUCAGCAAAAACAUUACCAGCAGUCUUCACUUUGACCCUGUGAACAUCUCUGGCAGCAAUGAGUCUACCUUUAGCUGCUCACAUAAACCAUCAGAUAAGCAUUUAGAUGCGAUUCCUGUUCUCUACUACAUUAUUUUUGUGAUUGGAUUUCUUGUCAAUGUUGUUGUGGUUACUCUGUUUUGUUGUCAAAAGGGUCCUAAAAAGGUUUCCAGCAUUUACAUCUUCAAUCUGGCUGUGGCUGACUUACUCCUUUUGGCUACUCUUCCUCUCUGGGCAACCUAUUAUUCUUACAGAUAUGACUGGCUCUUUGGACCUAUGAUGUGCAAAGUUUUUGGUUCUUUCCUGACCUUGAACAUGUUUGCAAGCAUUUUUUUUAUCACCUGCAUGAGUGUUGAUAGGUACCAAUCAGUCAUCUACCCCUUUCUGUCUCAAAGAAGAAAUCCCUGGCAAGCAUCCUAUAUAGUUCCCCUUGUUUGGUGUAUGGCCUGUCUGUCCUCACUGCCAACAUUUUAUUUCCGAGAUGUCAGAACCAUUGAAUACUUAGGAGUGAAUGCUUGCAUUAUGGCUUUCCCACCUGAAAAAUAUGCCCAGUGGUCAGCUGGGAUUGCCUUAAUGAAAAAUAUCCUUGGUUUUAUUAUCCCUUUAAUAUUCAUAGCAACAUGCUAUUUUGGAAUCAGAAAACACUUACUGAAGACCAAUAGCUAUGGGAAGAACAGAAUAACCCGUGACCAAGUCCUGAAGAUGGCAGCUGCUGUUGUUCUGGCAUUCAUCAUUUGUUGGCUUCCCUUCCAUGUUCUGACCUUCCUGGAUGCUCUGGCCUGGAUGGGUGUCAUUAAUAGCUGUGAAGUUAUAGCAGUCAUUGACCUGGCACUUCCUUUUGCCAUCCUCCUGGGAUUCACCAACAGCUGCGUUAAUCCCUUUCUGUAUUGUUUUGUUGGAAACCGGUUCCAGCAGAAGCUCCGCAGCGUGUUUAGGGUUCCAAUUACUUGGCUUCAAGGCAAGAGAGAGAGGGUGUCUUGCCGGAAAAGCAGUUCUCUUAGGGAAAUGGAGACCUUUGUGUCUUAA